UGCACUAAACACCCAGACCUUUUGCUGAGAGCUUUUCUUAAUCCCCUGGAUUCUUUAUAUAGGAAUUAAUUUCUCCGCCACACUGGGAGAGCAGCAAAGAGACAGGAGAUCUGGGUGGGAAGCUGAUGCCUAUGUCUGUAUGUGUAUUUGUUUCGUAUGUGGGAGUCUAGAACGGUAUUGCUUUCUUUCUUUUUUUAAUUCUCUCCUGAUCUGGACUGAGCUGCUCUCCUUGAUCAGGACAGGGACAACAGCAGUUGGGGAAAAACUUUCUGUUGGCAUUUAAAAGUUUUGGGGUGGGUUCAAGCGUAGCAACAUGGCUGAGCAAGGAAGUGGUGGCUUGCAGGUUCUUCUCUCUACUUUUCAGAGUUCCCACGACAAAGACGUGAUUCUGAAUACUCUGAGUAUUCUCACAAAUCUUCUUUCUGUUGGGACAAACAGGAGAGUCCAGUACACCAUUAGCAAAGGGGGCAGCGAAGCCCUUUUGCAAGCCUUGGUGAAUGCAGCACGGACUUCAAUACCGGACUAUGACAUCUUGUUACCUCUCUUGCGCUUGCUGGUCAGAAUUGGCUGUAAAGAUAAGAAGUUUGGACUAAAAGCACAACGCCUGGAGGCAAUUGAUGUAACCCUCAGCUUGGCACGAAAAAAUCUCAACCACCAUGAGAAUCUCACGCAUUGUCUUUGGGCUCUGCAGAUUUAUGCUUCCAAUGUUGCAGUCGGAACUAUGUUGGGCAUUAAUGGAGCGAUGGAAUUGCUCUUCCAAGUUAUCACACCAUAUACCAAGAAGCACACCAUCACAACAAGGGCAGCAGUUGAAGCUCUGGCAGCUUUGUUGAAAUCAAAGUCCAAUAGUCGCCGAGCUGUGCACAGAGGCUACGUUUGUCAGUUGCUCUGGUUAUAUCAAGAUUGGCAUCAUCGAGACACUUCAAAUAACUACAUUCUAAUCCGGAGGGGUCUUUUGCUUUGUCUCAAGCAUAUCACCAAUGUCCACUCCGGGAGAGAAAAUUUCCUUCUUGUUCAUGGCAUGGAGAUCCUUUUCAGAACAACUCAGGACAGUCUGUUUAGCAAGACUCUGGACCCUAUCGUCAAUACAGUGACUCAGGUCCUCAGGAAAACCUAUCCAAAGAUGCCCUUUCCUUCAGCUGCAAUUAGCAGUUCCUAUUCUUUUCCCAUUCCUGGGAAAACAGAACUUUCACUCCCCAGACCUGAAGAUUAUUUCGAUGAAGAUGCUGAGGAAGAGAUUGAGAAAGACUGUGAUAAUGAAGAUGCUGGAAAUAAAGAGGAAGAUGAUGAUCUAGAGAAGGAUAUUAACAAGCUCAUGUCAAAGCCAGAGCUGGACCGACCGGAAUCGGAGCUGAAUCAGUAUAUGGUCAUGUGUCCUGAACUUCAAUAUAACUUUCAGCUGAAGGAAAAAGAAACGGAGCUGAAAGAUGAGCUGAAUUCUGUGGACAUCGCUGGGACCCUGACCAGUUCCUGCCUCCAUGUCAUUCCAUGUGCUAUUUCCCUGAAGUGCCAGCUCAAAUGUAGAGAAGGGGACCAAAGUAUCGAAGAAGAAGAAGAAAAGCAGAUUCAGAGGACUUUAGAGAGGCCAGUACACAGAGAGGGGAAAAAACAGAAACCUCAAGAACCUGGAAAAAGAACUUUUGAUGAAUCAGAACCUUUGGUGACUUCUUUCAGAAAAGGCAUGGUCUCCAGUAAGGGUCAUACAGCCCAAGAGGGAUUGCAGAACUGGCAGACAUCCCAGUUCCAGCAUAUGAAUUCCUGUGGACCUGGCUGCCAGGAGAGAAUAGAAGCUUCUGAAAUGGUCACAAAACUUUUGGAGAAGCACCCUGGGAAUAUCCCUUUCCACAAACCUAGCUACUUUAUGGCAAGGGCUAAUUGCACCCGCUCCAUUCCAGACUACAGAGUACUAGCAUUCCCAGAUCUCUGGGGUCAUCAACCCCCUACUUACAGCCAGCCUUUACAGCAAAGGAGAUGUGGCAUCCAAAAGGCCAAAAUAUUUGAAGACAUCCGCCGUGUGGUCCAACCAGCUGAUAUAAUCAAGCGAGUUGUCUUUAAUUUAGACAGCUCUGGGUCUUUACAGUCAGAUCAACAAAACUGCUUAAAAUUCUUUUCCAAAUUUGAAUCUGGGAAUCUCCGUAAAGCCAUCCAAGUGCGGGAGUAUGAAUAUGAUUUGAUCCUCAACCCUGACAUCAACAACUCCCAAUACAAUCAGUGGUUCUACUUUGAGGUCAGUGCCAUGAAGUCUGCCAUUCCAUACUGCUUCAAUGUUAUCAACUGUGACAAGCCAAACAGCCAGUUUAAUUAUGGUAUGCAACCAGUCAUGUAUUCAGUGAAGGAGGCUCUUCUGGGCAGACCUCACUGGAUUCGGGUGGGCUAUGAUAUCAGUUAUUACAAAAACCACUACCGGAACUAUGUCCCAGCAGCGGCAGGAGGUCCUCGUGGGAAAUCAUGCUACACUCUCACCUUCAGCCUUGUUUUCCCUCACCAGGAAGAUGUUUGCUACUUGGCCUACCAUUACCCGUACACCUACUCUACCAUGAUGUCUCACCUUGACAUCUUGGAGCAAGCCAGGAAUACAAAGAAAGUCUUCUUCAGGAGCCAGACUCUUUGCCACACUCUAGCAGGAAACGCAUGCCCUCUGCUUACCAUCACUGCCAUGCCUGAAUCGGAAAGCAAGGAGGAUCUGGAGCAGUUCCGUGAGCGUCCUUAUAUUGUACUCACGGCACGGGUUCAUCCUGGUGAGAGCAAUUCCAGCUGGGUUAUGAAGGGGACUCUGGAGUUCCUCCUCAGCAACGAUCCACUUGCUAAUCUCCUGCGGCAAUGCUUCAUCUUUAAAAUUAUCCCCAUGCUGAAUCCAGAUGGAGUCAUCAAUGGCCAUCAGCGGUGUUCCUUGAGUGGAGAUGACUUGAACAGGCAGUGGUUGAACCCCAACCCUGUGCACCACCCCACCAUUUACCACAGCAAGGGUCUUCUUUAUUACCUCAAGAGCCAGGGACGAGUUCCAGUGGUGUUUUGUGAUUACCAUGGACAUUCUCAGAGAAAGAACGUCUUUCUAUAUGGAUGCAGCAUAAAGGAGACUCUUUGGCAGGCUGGAUGUACAGUAGACACCUCCAAGGUUACUGAAGAUGUUGGCUAUCGGACUCUGCCAAAGAUCUUGGAUAAAGUGGCUCCUGCAUUUCUGAUGAGUAGCUGCAGCUUCUUGCUGGAGAAGUCGCGUGACUCCACAGCCCGAGUGGUGGUUUGGCGGGAAAUAGGAGUGCUAAGGAGCUACACCAUGGAAAGCACCUAUUCUGGAUGCAGUCAUGGACUCUAUAAGGGUCUUCAGAUGGGAACUUCAGAACUGGAGGAGAUGGGGGCCAAAUUCUGCCUUGGACUUCUGGUCCUUCAACUUAAAUCCCUGCCAUGCAGCAAGAAAGUGAUGACCCAGGCAGAGACUCUAUUGGACCUGGAAGAGGAAAUGGCUGAUCUCCAGUCACAAAGAAGCAACAACAACUGCAGCCUGGAGACCGAUGACGAACUUCCCUGUGGGGAUGAAGUGGAUUAUAACACUGAUAGCUGCUCUGAUCAAGAAGCAGACUUUCUGGACACGGACAGAGAAAUCCAAGAAUCUCCUUUAACGGGUUGAAGGUAUGGACACAAAAGCAGAGGCCAACCUAGGUAGAUGGAUACUCCUUUCUCCCAGCUAUGAAGAAGACUUCUGUUUCUAACCAGUGAGCAGCCAGACUCCAUCCUGUCCUACCACUGUACUCUUGGCCUUUGGUGGAAGCAGAGAAGAGGAUGGAACCCAGGAAAGAAGAAGCAAGUCAUCACUUCCUCUGCUACUCUACUAGUGACAAUGAUAGCAAUCAUUCCUGUUGCUCUUCAGAACAGAUCCCCCCCCACUUUUUCCCCUUUCUUUUUCCUGUUAAUAUUGUGAUGUCGUGGAAGGAGAAGGUGGGCGAGUGCUUUGUUCUGGGCCAACUAGACCUCUGUGUAAAUUACAUUUCAAAAUGACCUUUGCUGAGAUCAAAAAGUUUUGGCAGGACGUGAUUGUUGCAUCAGGUCCUUUCAAGGAUAGGUCAAACGCUUUAAUCAUUUCUCAGCAGUUUGGCCUGCAUUUGUCCCACUUAGUGGUAUGUUCUUCCUCGGCCAUUGCAAAUUCUGCCAACAACUAAUGGGACAAUAAUGCUAAACAUCUGGAGGGGGGAAUGUGUCAGAGAGUAUUUCUCAAAGGGUUUUUUUAUUUUUAUGAGGAGUGAAAGGAAGGGAAACAGAUUCUUAGUCAUGAGUCUUCUUCAUAGCAGAUGUUCCACGAUAAAAGAAAUGCUUUGGUUGCAAAAAGGUCCCAGUUCAAUCUCUGCCAUUUUCUGGUAGGGCUAGACAAAGUUCCGGCUGGACAACUGUCACACUUUCCUUUGUCUCAAUAAUUUUGGUUUUCAUAGAUGUUUGGGGUAAAAUAUACAUUUCAACUUUUUCAGCUUUUUCCUCACAUUUUCUUUUCUGUAAAGAACUUCACUGUUCAACAUCUCCAGUUGGUUUAGAAAAUACACAAACUCUCCCAUUAAUGUUCACGGGGCUCUUCUUACUUCCAUUGUGUUAUUCUGGUGUUUCAUGGUAUUUUGUCAGGAUUUUCAAGUUAUAGCUGUCAGGACCUGUCAAGAAUCAGGACCAUAUAUUGAGUUUCAGUUAAGAUCAGUGGUGGGAUUCAAUCGGUUUGCACCAUUUGGCAGAACCGGUAGCUAAUUUUUUGUUGCCCAGGCACAGAAUGGACGUCCAGAAGCGGCAUCCACACUGAGGAUGGUUGUUCACA